ACAUGUCAUCACCCCCUCUCUCUCGUUUUCUCUCAGUCUCCUCCACACACACACACACACACACACACACACACACACGCCCAUGCUGUCACACGGUUCAACAGCACCCUAAGUUACACAAGUUAGUCUCUUACCAGGCUUCGUGUUUUGGCACCACAAACUUUAUCUUCUGCUCGCAACUUGGGAAACCAGCAACUCUGCGAGCGGUCUGCUAGCUUCCUGUCACCACAAACAACACGAACAGUUUAUAGUCGAACAAGAUCAAGGCAUUACAGACUUCCUGUUACAUCUCCAGUAUCCUGAAUAUAAAUCUACCAAUGGAUCUCCUUCUGAUGAAAACUUCAUAACUGCUUUCAAGUACACGGACUGCAGAAUUGUGCCUGCAACUGUAACACCAAGCCAGUGGGAUUUUUCUACUCAACAGGACAUUUUCUAAGGAGGCAUGAGUGACUCUAAGACAUCCAAUAGGACUGUGCUGAUCCUGGCUUUCGCCCUAAUAGGCUUACUUUUAUUGCUGAUCUUCUUGUACAAGAAGUUGAACAGGGAUACAAAUGGAGAAUAUACCGUCAAGCGCAUGGUGUAUAAGGAGGGAGGGGUCAGGGACCGGGUGAGAGGUGCAGCGUUAGCUCUGGAGUCACAUCUCGGAGUCCAGCUGUGGCCUCAAAGCGACUCUGAGGAGGAUGGAGAAGAAAUGCAGGAAAUCAGAGAUGAGGAGGGACAGGUGGAGGAAGGUGGUAGCCAGGGGAGUGACAGCGAGGGAGAGGACCAGGAGGAGGAUAGUGCGAAGGAAAAAGAAGGUGACGCUUUAGGUGAUAACUCAAGUGUGCAGAGUUCGGAGGCAGGGGAGCAAGCCAGGCUAACGGAUCAGGCGGACGCAAAGGAAGAGAAAGAGGAGAAAGUGGGUGACGGGGAAGGUAAAGGUGAAGCAAGUGGGGGGCCUGGAUUGUUGAUAGAUCUAAAGCAGUUCUCUGGAAGUGCCAUCUGGUCUGAGGAAGAGGGAUGUGUGGGCAAGGACGGUGAUAUGACUGUGCUGUGAGAACAACAUUAGAAAGAUCAUGAAAUAAAAGGGAAUCUCAGGAAAUAGUCUGAGGUCCCGAGUCCAAGUCCCCUAAUUAGCUGUUAAAAUAAAUUUUCUGUACAUUUUACUUCCCAACAUGAAAGUCUAAAGGCUGUUCCACACAGCUAGGAAAGAAACUAUUCGUGUUAGUCUAACAGUGGUCUAAAAAUACCGGAAUCACCCUAUAAAACACCCACCAUGUGUUAGUUUUACUUGCAGAACGUAGACUCCCCCAGGUUGCUAAAACCCCAUAAAUUCCUCCUUAAACACACUGAGGACAUUGUCUUCAAUGGUAGCUACAGCUCUGGUCUUACUUCCACUUCCUGUUAUGGCAUCAGGAUAAAAA